AACGAUGGCUUUAGUUGCCUACUCAGACCCAAGCUCCGAACCCCCCUCAGCAAACCCUGCUUGGCAAGACAUGUUCCGAUCAGCCUCAAUCCGAAAAUCCUCACCCCAGAGCCCCAGGCGUCCGAACCCCAGGCACGGCCGCCCAAGGGCCCGCCAAAAUCCGCCGACCCAGAUCAGAAAACCCCCAUCUCCGGCGAUCCCCAGGUACGAUUAGCCCUCUACAUAACCAUGGCCCACGCCGGCCUCGCCUUUACUAUAUUCAUAUUUUACGCCGUCGGCAAGCUGUUAGAGGAAUACUUGCGGCCAAUUCAAUGGGCGGUGCUCUGCUCGAUCCCUCUGAGAGGAAUACAGCAAACCCUUGUGGGGUUUUGGUCGGAGCCCUUGAGGCUUGGCCUCACUGAAACUGUUCUGGCAGUUCCGGUGGCCAUUUUUCGGGUUUUCGUAGGUACCCUUAUCGAAAUUAGGGAGGUUUGCUUUCGGGUUUUUCUCCGAAAGCCGAAAUCUGACUACAGGAGGAGGCACCGGAGUGAGUUCUCUAAGUUGUUGAGGUGGUUGGUGUCGUUUUGGAUACUUAUACUUGCUUAUGAGAAAAUUGGUGGUGUUGCUUCUCUGGCAAUUCUUGGACUAGGCUUUAUGUUUAGUGCCAAAGGCGUGGAGUCGACAAUGUCAACUGUUUCCUCCUUGAGAUGCAGUAGCUUUCGCCGUAGCCCGAUUAGUGCGUUUUUCACCAGAAGGAUAUUGAUAAGGUUGGAGACCAUCGUUGCAAUUGGGUUGAUGUUUGCUAUGAUUUUAGGGUUUUUGGUUGGUGUCACCUUUUUUUCAUAUAAGAUUGGGAUCGAGAGCAAAGAUGCAGUGAUUUCGUUGAAGUUACAUGUGGAAGAGAGCAAUUACACGGAGAAGAUUGGCGUUAAGCAGUGGAUGGAGGAGAAUGAUGUGCCUGGAAUGGUGGAUAGGUACACUUCGAAGUUUUAUGAAACUGUGUCGGACCAGCUAGAUAGUUUGGCGUUGCAUUAUAAUAUGACAGAAUUGGCAACUGGAAUUAAGCAUUUUGUAGUAAGACAGUCUGCUAAUUCUUCCGAGCCUUCAACAGCUUUAGCUAGCCCGUCUCAGUACACAGAGAAACUUGUGAGUUUGAGGGAUCGGAUUAGUAAGAGGGAAUGGGGACUUAUGUACACAGAGGUUGAUGCAAUUGUUAGGGAAUUGGUAAUCACCAGAGAGGAUUUAGUUGAGAAGGCAAAAGGGUUUGCCAUGCGAGGUAUGGAUGUAUCACAGCGCAUACUUGCUAGCAGUACAUCAGUCCUUGGAGGCAGCGCAAAAUUCAUGUUCUCUAUCGGUAGUUCCAUUGUUUCUGGAGCAGCUGAGGUUUUCAAUUUUGUGUCUCAGUUAAUGGUGUUCUUCUGGGUAUUGUAUUAUCUGAUCACAUCCAAAUCUGGCGGAGUGACUGAACAAGCAAUGAGUAUGCUUCCAAUUUCAAAGUCCGCGAGGGUUAGAUGUGUUGAAGUUCUUGAUAAUGCUAUAUCCGGUGUUCUUUUGGCUACAGCCGAGAUUGCAAUUUUUCAGGGAUGUCUCACAUGGCUUUUAUUGACGCUAUUCAAAAUACAUUUCUUGUACACGUCCACCAUUCUUGCAAUCCUCAGUUCUGUGCUACCAAUCUUUCCAUCGUGGUUUGCAACUAUCCCUGCAGCUCUUCAACUGGUGCUGGAAGGUAGAUAUAUAGUAGCCAUCACCUUGUCCGUUAUUCAUCUCGUGCUUAUGGAUUACGGAGCGUCUGAAAUUCAGGAGGACAUACCUGGGGGCCAUAGUCAAUAUCUUACCGGACUCAGCAUCAUCGGUGGAAUGACUUUGUUCCCAUCCGCAUUUGAGGGUGCAAUUAUGGGUCCGCUCAUAACAACGGUCGUGAUUGCUAUUAAGGAUUUGUACGUGGAAUUUGUUCUGGACGAAACCAAGGAUAAAGCCGAGUAGAAAGCAUGUUUGCUCCUUUUCCCGCAGUUUCUAUUUAUU